AUGAAGCCACGAGUCGUCCGUCUGUGGCCUGCCACGCUGCCGUUUAGCGGUGCCGCCAGAGGUGCCGCCUCACGCCCAUCGGCGCCCUUCCUCCGCAACUUCUUCACCUCUGCCCAACCUGCCGCCCGGUCCAGCCUAGGAAGGAAGUCGCUGCACCACGGCGCCCUGCUGCUGUUCCGCUACCAACGAUCUGCCCUCGGCCGCCGCUUCCGCUCGCUGCGCUUCAAGAGCGACAAACCUCCCGUCCAGUCGCACAACCCCACGCCACACCUUGGCAGUCCCGAACCUGCGCCCUCGGUAUCGCAGCGACUGAAGAAGCUUUCUCGCGAAUAUGGCUGGACGGCAGUGGGCGUCUACCUGGGCCUGUCCCUCAUCGACUUUCCCCUCUGCUUCAUGGCAGUGCGGCUACUGGGCACGGACCGGAUAGGCCACUACGAGCAUGUGCUGAAAGAUGCGCUCUGGAGUGUCGUCCGCCUCGUCAUUCCCGACGCUGGCAAGCAGCCAGGAGAGGCCGAAGCCGGCGAGACCACUGCCGAGGCCACCGCGAGGGAAGGCUACGUUGAGGCUGGAAAGGCCGUAGGACACGACGGAGGGUCAAACGCAUCGAUCUGGUCACAGCUCGGCCUAGCCUACCUCGUCCACAAAUCCCUGAUCUUCUUCCGCGUGCCACUUACCGCAGCCGUCCUCCCCAAGGUGGUCAAAACUCUAAGAAGCUGGGGCUACAACAUCGGCAAGAGAAAGCCCAAGACGCCGCCAGUCUAA